GAUUGGCCUCUUCGCCCGUUCGCGACAGAUCCCCUCGCCGCCGCCGCCGCCGCCGCCGCCGCCGCCGCCGAGUAGGUUGACGGCAGUAAGAGGUCGCCGUCGAGGAUAUACGGAGGACGCCGUCGCGACUCCGGUCGUCUGCAAUUACCCUGGACGGCGGGCUAGUCCGCCAUCCAUCCAGAGCAGAGGUCCUUCGGUCGCGACCAGCUCACAAGUAGCCAGUCUUACCAGUUUGCUGAUCACGGAACGAAGCUCCAUGUAACUGAUGCAAAUUAGAGGACCCAACUCCUGAUUGGACAGACACCUCUCUGUCCUAUUUGCCUCGUGCCAUCGACUUAAAUUGGAAUGGACAGUCAGCGAAACGAGAUGGCAGAACCAUGGCCAUCGUAUUCAUCAUCAUCCCGUGGGAAAAAGAAGCGGCCACGCUCCCCUAAUGAUGACGCCACAAGUUCACAAGGCAGAACCGAGAACAGCACAAGCCUUGGGGACAACCUUAUAUUCAGUGAUACUUUGAUAGCUCUACAGUUGAUGCGCACACAGUUUCCAAAGCUAGAGAAGGUUGUGACACAGCCAUUCAUUUUGCAAUCUCAAUUGUAUAGCAGCGUGAAGGACAGGACACAAGUUGAUAGAGAUUUGGAGUCACUGAAGAAAGACAGAGUACUCCGCGUAUUCAAACUCAAUACUGGACAGGAUGACCAUGCAAUCAUGUUCAUGGAUGAUUAUCUGAAACAGAUGCAAUCUGCUGUCAGGAGAUCAACGGGCAAAAACAAAGAUGAUAAUGAAGUGUUUGAGUGGUUUGAGAAAUAUGUUCUGCAUUCGAAAUUGGAUGUUAGCAUAGAUCACCUAGAGCUGUGUUCACUGUUAUCACAUGGGGGUGAUGCAACAGAUAAGCAUAUCACCUUAUUGAUGAAUGCCGGUCUCCUAACACGCCAAUUAAUAGAUCCAAACAUAUACUGGUUUUCUAUUCCAAGUAUUGGUCCUAUCUUGAAAGGCCUAUCCCAGAAAUCAUUUGACCAUUGUGGUUACGGUGGGCAGGGGAGGAAGGAAGUUCUUUCGUUAUUGAACCGCCGGAAGUACAAGGAGAUGCUACUAUCUUCACUGGAGAAGACGAGGUUAAGGUUAUCACCUCUCGACGUGCGGUUCCACCUCCGGGAUUUGAUUGGAUCUGGUCACAUAAAGACGGUUCAAACGCCCACUGGCUUACUUGUUCGCGUGUCAACAGAUUGAUAAACACCUCUGGAUAAUUUUUCGUAGCAGUUUCAGCUUCUUUUGAAAACAACACAGCUGUCCUGCUCAGGCAGCAAAUGUAGUCAGAGCUUCUUUUACUGGUUCCUGCAUUCUGCAUUCUUUAAGAUCAAUUAGUAGGGUUUAUUUCCUUUUUCUUUUCUUUUUCAAGAGGUAUUCUGGUCUUGAUCUGAUUAAUGCUGAAUAGUAAUGACGAUGAAAUACUAGAAAGUUUUACAUACCAAA